AUUUGCAGCAGCUUAAUAGGAACAUGGAACCGACGCGUGACAGAUCUCAAGUUGCAAUCGCAACAAUAGUUGUAGUAAACAUCAUACUCUGGAUGGUUCUGAUAGCUGCAGUGGGCAUGGGCUGUAUUCAUCUGAACGACUGCCCCGUCCAGCAGAAGGUGCCAGUGUUCCUCAUAGUGCUGGGGGCGUUUGGUCUCCUCUCCUUGAUGUUGGUGUAUGUGAGGGGCACACUGUGCCAGGGGGACCUCCAGCUACUGAGCACUAUAUUCACCACCAUCUGCUGUUCCUUCCUCCUUGGCUGGCUCAUCGCAGGAAAUAAUUGGAUCUUCUCUAUAUAUCCACCAAACUACAGCCCACUGAGUAAGGAUGCCUAUUGCCUGAAGAGGCUGUAUCUCUUUGCGUUUGGCCUUGUGUGUGUGGGAAACAGUCAAGUUGCCGAGCUCGUUUCCAAAUGCUUGCAGGCACGCGACAUGGCGUACUGUCCGUACAGCCGCUUCCCUGUCGGCGCCGCAAUCCUGACGUCAGGUGGCACUAUAAUCACAGGUUGCAAUGUGGAGAACGCUUCCUAUGGCCUCACGGUGUGUGCAGAGAGGACAGCCAUCCAGAGAGCUGUGGCCGAGGGGCAUCGAAGUUUCACAGCCAUUGCUGUCACAUGUGACAUCAAGGACAGUUUUGUGGGGCCAUGUGGAGCAUGUCGCCAGGUCCUCAUGGAGUUUGGAUCUGAAUGGGACAUUUACUUGACCAAGCCGGAUGGAUCUUACAAGAAGACCAGCCUGAAAGAACUGCUACCCCUAGCCUUCUCACCAGCUCAUUUGAGAGCAGACAUGACUGUUAAACUUUGAGCAACACAUCCCAGUGAUAAGCUUUAGAUUCUGUUGCAGGCUUUACAUUCAGGUUUGAGGAUGACAAGUCUGCCCGACAACUCAGUGGGACUGUUUUAAAAUGUUGAAGUGCCAUUUUAUUUAUUACACUUUUGUAUGAAUAAUAACCCUGUUCUGGUUCAUGGUGUGAAUCAUGACGGCUUUAUUUGUUUUUGUAGUUUUGACUAAUUGAGUGUUAAAAUGAAUGUUGACACCAAGGUCAGGGCGGUUACAUACCGCCAUUCCGACAUACUGCCAAUCCGACAUUGACAUUUUAUUGCAGGAACCAUUUUUCCAGCUUACAGGAACUGUUUUUCAAAGAUCUCAGACCCUACCUUUAAGGACAUUUGGACCGUGACAAAAUUAUACACUAAUCCUGUAAUUGCGCCGUCACUCUCUCCACUGUCCUCUCGUUUUGCAACAUUGUAUUCUAUUGCAAAUGUCAAUAGAGUUAGAACGUUGUUCACGCGCCUUUAAGUACUUGCAACAAGGUUUAAAUGACUCGGAAUGGCAAUCAAAUUAUGUCGGAAUGGCAAUAUGUCGGAAUGGCGGUUGCCCCCCCGGUCAGGGCAGGGUGAGGGCAGCUGUGGUUGCUGAGCUGGUCUUGGGAUUGGGAAUUCUGUGCCGGUGUGAAAAGCUGUUUGGUUAGCCCACAACAGCCAGUUACCCAGAUGUGAGAACCACAUUGAUGGGAGCUGAUAUUUACUUGACAUUUGGCUAGUUAUUGGGAGAAUCCAGUUACUGUAGCUUAUAACACCGGCAAGGGCAUCAAACCAGGGACUGUGCCUGUACCCAAUUCACUUCAAGUCGCUCUGGAUAGGGGCAUCAGGUAAAUGCAAUAGUGCAUUAUGAAGUGGGGUAGCCUAUAAAACAUUUGGGCCAAAGUGUUUAAUUUUGUUAAAAGUAGACCAAGGUCUAAUAUGUUGUUUCACACAAAACAUUGUGUUUGUACUUAGUAGUAUGUGUGUCAGUUGAUGUUGAAAUAAAUGCAUGAAUAAAAAGCUGUAAUUGACUAAUGAAUAAUAAAAUAAAUUUCAACAGA